AUGCCUCAAGUCGCUGAUGGCCUCCCCACCUUCACCGGCGUAUUCGCAGCGCUGAUCGCCGCCGUCAACUCCCGAAUCCCCGAGAUCGGGGCGCUCCUCCUGAAGCGGAUCCGAGUCGCUCACCACACCCUCGCUCUGGAGCUGCUCCACCGCCUCCUCGAAAACCCUAGCGACGAUGGCGUGCAGCUGGCGGUCGCGUUUCUGACCGAUUGCGGAGUGGUCCUUCAGGACCUGUCGCCGAGAGCGCUGGCCGCGGCUUUCGAUCGGUUGCGCGACGCGAAAUUCGGAGGCCACCCUGCGAUUCGACCCGAGCUGGAUCUUUUACAGGAUGACCAGCAAAUCACUAAUGAUGUUUCUCUCGAGGAUCACGUCGAUCCAGAGCUAGGUCGGAAUGUGUUCAAAUUCGACCCCGAUUUCGCGAUACACGAGUCUCAGGAAGAAGAAGAAGAAGAAACCUCAACCGGUUCAGAAUCUGAAUCAGACGAAUCGGGAGAAGAAGUAGAAGAGGAUCUCAAGAUCAAGGACAGGACAGAGACGGAUGCAGUGGAGCUCCGCAGGACGAUCUACCUGACGAUCAUGAACAGCGCGAGAUUGGAGGAGCUCGGCCACAAGCUGCUCUCUCUGAACAUUGAACCAGGGCAGGAGAUCGAAAUUUGCAGGAUGCUAGUCGAGGCUUCUGCGCAGGAGAAGAGCUACAACAGGAUGUACGGUCUUUUAGGGCAGCAGCUCUCGAUCAAGCUGCGCUGA